AUGGCAGCCCCUCCACUAUCCGAGAACAAGCAGAAGAUGGCCCGCGGCGAGCUCUACUACGCCUUCACGCCCGAGCUCCUCGCCGAGCGCGCGCGAUGCAAGGCAGCUCUGCGCACAUACAACACCGACGCAGGCACGGUGUCGCGGCGAGAGACCGUCCGUCUGUGGAGAGACGUAGUAGGCGACAGCACACCUCUACCGCCGGAGCCAUCUGACGCGACUGCCGAUGAGGCCCAAUUCGACGACGACCCGCUCGUCGAGGCGCCCGUGUACAUGGACUACGGCACGCAGGUCAAGCUGGGCAAGGGCGUCUACGUGAACGCGUACUCGACCUGGAUCGACACAUGUACCAUCACCGUUGGGGCGCGCACGCUGUUCGGCCCGCAUGUUUCGCUGUUCAGCGGCACGCACCCGCUAGACCCGAAGAUCCGCAACGGCACCAACGGCCCAGAGUGUGGAGGCGAGAUCCAUAUCGGCGAGGACUGCUGGAUCGGGGGAAAAGCUACGAUCCUGCCGGGCGUCACGGUCGGUAGGGGUGCGACUGUGGGUGCGGGAAGUGUGGUUACUAAGAAUGUGCCGCCUUUUCAUGUGGUCGCGGGUAAUCCGGCGCGCGUUAUACGCAAGAUCAAGACGAAUAUGGAUCCGGAGCAGAGCGUGCAGGAGAAAGACAUGGAUGCGCAGGGGGCGGAGAAGCCUAUGGCGGCCAUGUCGUAG